CGAUCAACUUCACCCGUGUUCGUUCUAACAUCUUCCACGUUAAUUGUUCCCCAACCGAUACGUUAUGCUUAUUCGCUUAUCCCGAAAGGUCGCUUCAGGCGUAAACGUCGAGCGAUCAAGGCUCGUGAAUUGGCGCAGCAAACGAGAUUUUUCGCUAAUCUCGAUCCACUCGAGUUUUCCGGCUUCUUUACUACGUCUCAACGCUGGCGCAAAGUCGAACCUGUUCGACUACCAGGAUCAGGCAUCGAUAGAGUACCAGAGCCCUCGUGAUGGGGUCAGAAUCUCAGAAAGGGGCGUUAUUUAUCCAGCUGUGUUCACAAAUUUGCCAUCAGUUUCGAAUGGGGCCGCGCUAAUGCCAAACACGUUCAUGAUGCAGGAGAUUAUCCGAACGGCCGUGGAUCAAUACGUAGACGAUCAGGAGAAUGGCAUCUCGGUGGAACGUCCUGUUGUGUUCACAAUACCAAAAGGGACUACCAUUCCUAGGACUCUCGUAUUGUUAAGAGAGCAUACAUCCCGAUUCUCCUUGCAACCAUCUGGACCCACUGCUCUGGACGCCCUAAACAAUAUUCUGGACGAGUUCUAUUUGAAGUAUGCGGAGAAGCAAACCGCUGAGGAAUGGCUUGAUAAUCACGAUUUUGCCUCCGCCGUUGCCGAUGACGCGGAAAUACUGUGGACUUCGAGAUAAAAUAUCAGGGAAUGCGUACGAGGGAGGGAUGGAGCAGACCGAGAUAAAAGUAGCUGAAGAUACGGCGCCUAAGAAACGGAGAGUGCGUUUUGAUUUAUAGAAUAGCAAGCAAUGGUUGACUCUACA